AUGUGUGUAGAGGAUACGCUCGACCGCUUUACUAUUGCUCAUCAUCCGCUUCGCCAUCCAAGUACUCGAUAUGCUCUGAUUUCACACCCUCCUCCUGAUCCUCUUCUUCCUGAGCUCCAUCCCCCAAACCCGCACUCGCAACCCCCUAAUCUCCGUACUACACUCCUCCAUCCCCUCCUCGGGCCCCUCAAACUCGAAAUCCCCUUUCUCACCUUACCCAUCCGCACGCAAAUACCUCUCCACCAACCUCAACGACCUCACCCUCCUCUCCUAAAUCACACCUCCCCAUGCUCAAAAAGCCUAGCUCUAACCUCACGAAACCACUCAAAAAGCACUCGACCACGUCGCCGUAUACCCAACAUGAGCGUUACCCCCGUAUUUCCCGCGUAA